GGAAUAUCCACUAUGAUUAUAGGUAUACCUAAUGCAGACUACGUGAUUCAAUUUCAUCAAUUAGCAUGUUUCGAAGAGCUACCUAUAUUAUAUGGUCGCCCAUGAGUUUUCUAUCAGUCGUUUAAGGAAACCACAUUAACAUGGAAAUCUCUAAUUUCGGAUUGACUAUUUUCCUUGUAUUUCUGAUGGGAAUACAAGAAAUUCGUUCAGCUAAAAAUGAGCAAACAACUCAACAGCUGGACGAAAAAUCGAAUCCAUUAGCGAAUCUAAUUCUAAACGAAAAUGAAAUUGGAGAUGCCAACCGCAACGGAGACAACACAAAGGACACUUUAUCGAGAGUGAAACGACAAUUCUAUUAUGAUCCAUACUACCCAUACUAUCGGAGACGAGUGCCCAUUGCAGUUCCUGUGCCAAUCGUUGUCGGUGGCUUUGGCGGCGGCUUUAUAGGCAGAGGGUAUGGUGGUCGAGGAUUCGGUUUCGGGGGCAGAGGCUUCGGCGGUCGAGGAUUUGGCGGACGUGGCUUUGGCGGACGUGGCUUUGGUGGACGUGGCUUUGGUGGCGGACGUGGUUUCGGCGGUUUUGGUGGCCGUGGCGGAUUCGGAGGAUUUGGUGGUCGUGGGGGCAGAGGAUAGACAUAAGCAUUACCUACUUUUUAUUACCUACCUGUGAUUUUCAUAAUGUUAUUAUACCUAUUUGUAAAUUAAACCUGUUAUAAUCAGUUAUAAUAAAAUUAUCGUUU